AAUGUUAUGCUGACUUCUUCAGAGAAGACUUUGAUGUGAAAGCUUACACUUCCCAGUCUAUCCAUCAGGCUGUGAUAGCUGAGCAACUAGCAAAACUUGCCCAAGGUAUUAGUCAGUUGGAUAAAGAGCUUCAUUUACAAGUUGUUGCAAGACAUGAAGACCUGUUGGCCCAAGCAACUGGAAUUGAAUCCUUGGAAGGUGUCCUCCAAAUGAUGCAGACUAGAAUUGGUGCUCUACAAAGUACUGUUGAUAGAAUUAGAGUCAAAAUUGUUGACCCCUACAACAAAAUAGUGUCUCGCACAGCUCAGCUAGCAAAACUUCAAGCUGCCUGUGACUUGCUGCGGAGGAUAAUUCGCAUCUUAUAUCUCAGUAAGAGACUUCAAGGACAACUGCAAGGAGGAAGCAGAGAGAUAACAAAAGCUGCCCAGAGUCUCAAUGAACUUGACAAUUGUGAAGUCCUAACGGUAGCUGUAGGUAGCAGCCGUAAUGACUGUAUGGAUGGCAGUUUUGCAGAGAGGCUUGAUGGUUCCUCACGAAUUGAGUGCAAACCACUUGUUCGUUUGUUCUGA